AUGUCGGACCCUUGGGUGGAGCAGAUCAACCUGGCGCAGGCGAAGCGCGACGAGGGCGACCUCCCCGCCGCUAAGGCGCUGUACGAGAAAGUGCUUGUGGGCUGCAAGAAGCAGUACGGGACGGACCAUCCGAACGUGGCGCUGGUGCAGAACAAGCUGGCGUGUCUGCUCUACAGUCAGCGCGACCUCGCCGCCGCGGAGCCGCUGUUCCGACGGGCGCUCGCGAUCGGCGAGAAGCAGCACGGGCUGCGCGUCGCGUUAGAUAUCGAGAACCUGGCGGCGGUGCUCUGGGCCCGAGGCGAGCACGCCGAGGCGGAGCUGCUCUUCCAGCGGGCGAUCGCGAUCCACAAGGACCCCGAGUACGUCGCGCGCCUGGAGAAGCAGUUGGCCACGUACAAGGAGUACGACUUCGCCGCCGCGGAGCCGCUGUGCCGGCGGUCGCUCGAGAUCCGCGAGAAGCAGCUCGGGCCGGACCACGCGGACGUCGCGGAGUCGCUGAGCUUACUGGCCUUUCUG